UACAUCAUAGUGAGAGACACGUAGUGCUGCUUAAGAAAUGAACCAACUCUGAGAGUGUCAUAAUCGCUAGUAUCUUUCUUUACACCCCACUGUUCAGUUUCUCAUUUUCUGACUUAUCUGCCUACCUACUCAAGCGAAGCAGUCCACUUCUUGUGACAUUGAAGGUCUCAGGAUCUGUACACUGCUGCAGAAAUUUCCAGGGAGAGCACAGACCUGACACAAACGUGUGGCUCUCUAAAGUUACCAGGUUAAAGAUACUGAGCACUGAAGGAAAAAGAUGGAACAAGUGUUGAAAUGCUCCCAGUCAACAAACAUUUGAUUCUGCAGGAGAGAGUCAGAAGAAGUUCUGUUCACCAACAACUUGAAAGAUGGUGAAUAAAUAUAAGAGAAUUGUUCUGCUCCAAGGACUUGAAUGUAUCAAUAAGCAUCAUUUUGACUUAUUUAAGUCAUUGCUGUCCAGUGAUUUAAGUCUGGAAAAUGACAAACUAGAGCAAUACAGCACGGUUCAGAUUGCUAACGAGAUGGAAAAAAAAUUCCCAACUGAUGCUGGGUUGGAAAUACUGAUCAAGUUUUGUGAAAACAUACCAGUUCUUAGAAAACGUGCUGAAAUUCUUAAAAAAGAGAGAUCAGAAGUUAUCAGAGAAACAUCAUUCAAAAUAAAUAGGCAAGAAGGAGGUCCUGCAACUCCUACAUCAACUACAAGCCACCUGUUAGCAUCUGAAAGAGGGGAGACUUCCACUGCUCAGGCAGAGACUUCUACAGCUCAGGCAGAGACUUCUACAGCCCAGAAAAGAAAAAGUAUGAAUAAAGAAAAGACUGGAGUGAAAAAGACCAAGACAUCCAAUGAACCAGAUCAGCCUCACUGUUCUGAAGAACCCACAGCCACAUGCCUGGUACUAAUACCCCAGAUCUCAUCUUUGGCUUCACCUCAUACUCCUUUGGCUAAGAACCAAAAAUCACAGCCUCAAAAUGUGAACAUUCUGAGAGGUGCUAUUCUCCAAAUAGAACCCCUGACAGUGAUGGUGCUCAAAGCAUCAGACCCAUUUGAAUAUGAAUCACCAGAACAAGGAGUACAGAACAUGUUUCAUGCUACAGUGGCUACUGUGAACCAGCAUUUCCAUGUGAAAGUUUUCAACAUCGACUUGAAAGAGAAGUUCACAAAAAAUAAUUUCAUCAUCAUUUCCAAAUACUUUAAGAGCAAAGACAUCCUAGAGAUCAGUGAAGAUUCCUCUGUGAAAGAGGCUACUCCUGAACAAAAGAUUGAAGUGCCCAACAGUAUUAUCAGAAAUGCGAACGCCAGUCCUAAGAUCUGUGAUAUUCGAAAGGGUGCUGCUGGAGCAGUGUUUUAUGGAUUGUUUACAUUACACAAGAAAAAAGUAAAUCCAAAGAACACAAUCUAUGAAAUAAAAGAUGGUUCGGGAAGGAUAGAAGUGGUGGGGAAUGGAAAAUGGUACAACAUCAACUGUAAUGUAGGAGAUAAACUCCAACUCUUCUGCUUUCACCUGAAAACAAUUGAGAAGCAACCAAAGUUAGUGUGUGGAGAGCACAGUUUCAUCAAGGUCACCAAGGCUGGAAAAUAAAAGAAGCAUCCACUGCCCAAUCAAGCACAAAAAAUGAAGAAGCAAAAGUCUACCCAAAAGAUGAAGUUAAAGUAGAGAUGUCAAACUUCUAAACAACAGUUUUAGUGGUAUAUCAAAGUACUUAAUAAUCUUCAUACCUGAUUUCUCAUUUUGUAUUUUCAUUUUCAAAAUUUCUUAUUGUUUUGUUUUUGUAUGAAAAUAACACUUGAUUUAAUUUCUCUACUGUAAAAAUAAUAAACAUGUCUUUUUAAAGGAACACCA